AUGAAGACGAGUGUAUUGUUUGGUUUGACUUUGAUGUUUCUAUGUAUCUUCAUCAAUGGUUCGUUGUCGAAGCUUGAACGUUUGGAGCAUCCGGUGACGAAAUCUGACGACUCUCUGAGUUUUCUGGUAGUCGGAGAUUGGGGAAGAAAAGGAGGGUUUAAUCAAUCUCUCGUUGCUCAUCAGAUGGGAAUUGUGGGAGAGCAAUUAGACAUAGAUUUUGUGAUAUCAGUAGGAGAUAAUUUCUACGAUGAUGGAUUAAAAGGAGACAAUGAUCCUUCCUUCGAAGAAUCUUUCUCUCAUAUCUACACCCAUCCUAGUCUCCAAAAACAGUGCACAAUUAAGUCAUGUUCUCACCCAAAAAGAUUGGAGAUGGUUUUGUCGCAGAUCUUUAAUUUUGUCUUAUCCUCAGGAAUGGUGGAAUUUUUCUUGGUGGAUACAAAUCCAUUUGUUGAGAAAUAUUUCACAGAUCCAGGAGAUGACACUUAUGAUUGGAGCAACGUUUUGCCUAGAAAAAAACAUAUCUCAAAUCUCUUACAUGAUUUGGAUUUAGAGCUGAAAAAGUCGCGUGCGACGUGGAAAUUUGUCGUGGGACAUCAUGGUAUCAAAACCGCAGGUCAACACGGUGUGACCCAAGAGCUUGUUGAUCAACUUCUUCCAAUUCUAGAGGAGAAUAAAGUGGACUUGUACAUAAACGGACAUGAUCACUGCUUGCAACACAUUGGUUCAGACGGUGAGAUUCAAUUUCUAACAAGUGGAGGAGGAUCAAAGGCAUGGAGAGGAGAAACUCAGCCAUGGGAUCCAAAAGAACUCAAACUAUAUUACGAUGGACAAGGUUUCAUGUCUUUUCACAUCACUCACUCUCAAGCUAAAUUCGUAUACUACGAUGUUUUCGGCAAUGUUCUUCACCAAUCCAAAUGGUGCAAAGAUUCCAAAACAUUUGGUCUCUUUUAG